GAUGCCGCGCGGCUGCCGGGGGAGCGGGCGGUUGGGCCGGCGGCGGCGCGAGGGCACUGUGUGCGUGCGUCUGUGCUGUGGCGGCGGCAGCGCGCGGACAGGUUGAGAGGCGGGCAGCAGCUGCUGCGCGACGGGGCGAGGGCCGCCCUCCCCCGUCAGCCGUGGCGGGUGGAGCGGCGGCGGCGGCAGCAGCAGCAUGAGCGGCGGCGUCCGGAGCACAGCGGCGAGGGCACGGCUGGCGGCGCGGCUAUUAGCGGUGCUCGGCUGCCUCCUGACAGUGGAGGCCCAGCUCACAGGAGUCCUGGAUGACUGUUUAUGUGACAUAGAAAGCAUCGAUGACUUCAAUACUUUCAAGAUCUUCCCCAAAAUACAGAAACUGCAAGAACGUGAUUACUUCAGAUAUUACAAGGUCAACCUGAAGAGACCAUGCCCCUUUUGGGCUGAUGAUGGCCAUUGUUCUAUCAAAGAUUGUCACGUAGAGCCUUGUCCCGAGAGCAAAAUACCUGUUGGAAUUAAGGCUGGGAGCUCUAAUAAAUAUUCAAAAGCGGCAAAUAAUUCCAAAGAAUUGGAAGACUGUGAGCAAGCUAACAAACUGGGAGCAGUUAACAGUACCUUAAGUAACCAAAGUAAGGAGGCUUUCAUUGACUGGGCAAGAUACGAUGAUUCACAGGAUCAUUUUUGUGAACUUGAUGAUGAGAGAUCUCCAGAUGCACAGUAUGUGGAUUUGCUGCUGAAUCCAGAACGUUACACUGGAUACAAAGGGCCUUCUGCUUGGAGAGUGUGGAACAGCAUCUAUGAAGAAAACUGCUUCAAGCCUCGAUCUGUCUAUCGUCCUUUAAAUCCACUGGCGCCUAGUAGGGGAGGAGAUGAUGGAGAAUCUUUCUACACAUGGCUGGAAGGUCUUUGCCUUGAGAAGAGAGUGUUUUAUAAACUCAUUUCUGGACUUCAUGCUAGCAUCAACUUGCAUCUGUGUGCAAAUUAUCUUCUUGAAGAAACCUGGGGAAAGCCUCGCUGGGGACCGAAUGUGAAAGAGUUCACUCACCGCUUUGACCCUAUUGAAACAAAAGGAGAAGGACCAAGGAGGCUCAAAAACUUGUAUUUCUUAUAUUUGAUAGAGCUGCGUGCUUUGUCAAAGGUUGCACCAUACUUCGAGCGUUCAGUUGUUGACCUUUACACUGGAAAUGGCCAUGAGGAUGCUGAAUCUAAAGCGCUCUUACUAGAUAUCUUCAGGGAUACAAAGUCCUUCCAUAUGCACUUUGAUGAAAAGUCCAUGUUUGCUGGAGAUAAAAAAGGAGCCAAGUCAUUAAAGGAAGAAUUCAGAUUGCAUUUCAAGAACAUAUCCCGCAUAAUGGAUUGUGUUGGGUGUGACAAAUGCAGGCUGUGGGGCAAACUGCAGACUCAAGGCUUAGGAACUGCUCUGAAGAUCUUGUUUUCUGAGAAAGAAAUACAGAGCCUUCCUGAGAAUAGCCCGUCAAAAGGUUUUCAACUCACGCGUCAAGAAAUAGUUGCUCUUGUAAAUGCCUUUGGAAGGCUUUCCACAAGUAUAAGAGAGUUGCAGAAUUUUAAAGUUUUAUUACAACAAACCAGGUAAUGAAGGCCUUUGCACAACCCAUUAGUGAAGACCAUUUACGUGACUGUGUUGAGCAGAAGGAACUGAUCCUUACAGGACUCACAUGAACUGAUAAAAAGUAAAAUCAAAUACCAACUUGAAUAUUUAUGUUUAAACUAGGAACGGUUAUUGAUUAGAAAAAGAUAUUUAUGAAUGAAAUAUAUAGUUUUUAAAUGUGUAAAUUAUGCUGAUCUGUUUAUUUUUUAAGUUCUCUGCUCACAGUUCUGUUGUGCGGAAACUUCAUAAAUUUUCUUUAUUUCCUUGUCUUUGAGACAGUUGUUUUAUAUGAAAACAUAGGUACCUCUGUCCUGACUUGGCCUGUCCGGAGAGAGGUGGUUCACCUCUCCCCAGUACUGAGCUUCUGUGUAUUCUGAGGACUGGGUAUGCUGAUUCUGGCUGGCUAAAAGGAAAAAAAAAAAAAAAAAAAAACAAAACAAAAAACAAACAAAACCCACAAAAAACCCCAACCAACCAAAACCAAACAAGCAACCAAAAAAAACCCAAACAGAAAAGGAAAUAAGGCUUUUGUUGAGGUCUGACUUCUUUCUUACUGUAAUAAUGAAACUUACUUAAAAAUAGGAAAUUUACUGAGCAGAAAAUUUUAUUUUGUACCGAGCUCCUUUGCAUCAUGCUGAUAUCAGCAUUUUUUCCCUUUUGUGCUGCUUUUCAGAAUUUCCUUUUUUCUGUAAAAUAACUGCUUUGUCUCUGAGGCAGCACAGUUGGAAGUGACUUUUCUGCAGCCCCUUGGCUACCUGCAUUUGCUUGGGGCUGGGGGAGACGGUUAGUGGAGCGCUGCUAGCUGAAAAGCCUCAAUCAACUUUGCAUGUACCCCACUUUAUUUUCUGGAUUGUAAUCACAAGUUCAGUUUCCAGAAAUCAUCUUUUUAAUAUCUAAAACAUUAAAAUAGCACACUUCGAUCUUUGAGCCGUGGAAAUAGAUUUGCUUUAUAUGGGUUAUGGUUUAGUGCUAUGUUAAAAGGUUAGUGCAGAAAGAACGAACUUGUUUUUGUAGUCACUUUUUAAAAAAGAUGCUUUUUAAAAAUCAUAAUCACACCGACAUCUAAUACCGCAUACUGUAUCUAUGCAAUCCCUAACUGUAUCUUAUUUAAAAGGAUAUUCAGCAUAAAAAAAACGGGUAUGUUAAAUACAACUUUCAUAAAAUCAGAAAUUACUCAUAUAUUGUCGUCCACAAAUGUCAAUGAUAACUUACCAUUGUCCAAAACAGAAUUCAGAAACAGCACUACUGAUUAGUAGCAACCAAAUAUUGGUUUAAAUUUAAAAUGAAGUAAUAAUUUCUUUUAAACCAGCAUGUUUCAAAGUGAAGUCAGGAGCUAUGAAUGUAGGAAGUGCUGGUACAGUGUAGAUACAUCUCUUGUUUUUAAAAAUACAUCUUUGCAAAAUAAAGUGCUCUUAAACAUUUUUCACCCUACCAGAUAUUUAGUGACCUGUUUAUAUAAAUUGACUGUAACUGUAUUGGCUCCCACAGCGUGGGCCUUGACAGCUGAGAUUUACUGAAAGCUGGAAUACGCUCUAUGUCCUUUGUUUCCAGGCUAGCAUCAAACUCCUGCCUGACUGGAAAUGAGAGAGACUAUCCUGCUGACACUCGCUAUUAUGAAAAAUACUGUUUCUCAAGAAAGUAAACCCUCUUGAGUCAAACUGGGAUAAGCUAAAUGAAAGGGGGGGAAAAAAAAAAAAAAAGAAAAAACCUGAAACCACCCCCACAAAGUUUUGGUGAUAGUUGCACAAAUUGGCAACGAACUGGUUUCCAGUCGGAAGUUCCUGUUUAAGCCAGUAGAGAAUUUAAUGUGGUGUUAGAGAAAGCUGAUGCCAGUCUGGGGAUGUUAUGUUCUUACCCAGCAGCCUCUCUUGCCUGUGGGCACCCACAUCUGAGCAAGUCGCCGCAGGCUUCCUUUUUCUAAUUGAUGGAGAAGGGCCGGUGAUUUCCAUGUGGAUUCAUCUGGCCUAUUCCGAGCUCCGUAUGGUACACUAUACUCUAGGAUGCAGUGAUUUGCACCCUAGACUUCAUUUUUCUCCCUUAAAUUGAAGGGGGAGUCUAGGUAACUAGCUCAGAUGUGAAACAGGUGUGCUUGGUAUGAGUUACACCCCGAGUACCUAACUCUCCUGAGUUACUGUAUAUAUUGAAAGUGUGUGUUUUCCAGUUGGUCACUAAUUCCUUGCCUUUUGGGUUGACCUGCAAGGGCUAGAACCUGUAGGCUCACUUGCGUGAAGAAUGUUGUAUAGCUGGGAUUUAUCUGUAUUAUUACACAUAAUAGUGCCUAAAGCUUUAGGCAGGAUUUUCUAGUUGAGAAUAAGUUGCAUUUUCUGUGCUGCCCCAGGAAGGAUCUGCAGCUCAGAAUUGUUUCUUCCCUUUUUCCCCUUGCUUUAUGGGGAAAGCGAACUGCUUCCAACCUUCUUCUGGGGGUGCGACUUGCUAUUUUUCUUUUUUUCCACCUGUGCCUGGCUAAAAUCUACAGAUGCUGAAGCAGCAUCACGUACUGGCGUCACGCACUUGCUCAUGGGACAGGUGAGAGGUUCAGGCAUGCAGACCCGGGACACCUGCUCCUUGCAACCCUCACUGGCACAAGGCAGGCAAGGUUAAUGCCGUUGGGUAAGGACAUAAAGAGACGGGAAGCUUUUCUUCUUUUCCUUCGUGUCAUGAAAACACAGGAAUGCAACUGAACAGCAAAUUCUGUGUACGGGGAAGUUGUGGGGCAUUUGAAGGUACAUCUCGCUUGGUGAUCAAAUAUGGAAGGCGUUUCACUCCACCGUCAUUGUAGAAAUAGGACAUCAGAUUUUUCCUGUCAAAAUCCAGUUGAAACAAUUUUCCUGUCACCAUCUUUUCUACUGUAUUUGAUGUGCAUUCUGUGACUAUGCUGCCUGUGAAGUUUUGCCGUGUGAGUCAGAUGACUUAGUUCUUUAUACGUUAAAUUAAAUUUUAGAAAUCUACAGAUCCCUUUUUAUACUAAAGAAUAAGGUUAGUGACACUGUCCAUGACCUGUGAACUAUUUUAAGUUCCAGCUCUGUGUCGGAGAUCAGCUCGUCAACAUUGUCUGCCGUUCAUUUCAGAGUAAAAGUACAUUUCCUUGUACCGUUGACACAAUGAUUGUAAUCCCAGAGGUCGUGAGAAGACAGAGACAAAAAUGUUUCAUUUUUCCCAAGUCAUGAAGACUUAAGUUGGUAAAAAAGGCGUGGUGCAACCCACGUAGGUAAAAUGUAGGGUGCUGUUGCUGAGCAGCUUCCUCUUCGGUGCCUGAACGAGGAAGGUGAGAAUAUAGAUGUAAAACAGUAAAAUAGAGGCUCGCGUAAGCUGGAACAGCAGCAUCGUUCUCCUACUUCAGCUGAGGGGCUGGGCUGUGUGUCAUUGUCUGUGCGCAAUACGCUGUGCCACGCUUUCCUGAGUUGUGUGUUGAUGGUUGGGUGGCCUUCAUCUGACCUAGCUUUGUGCUUGUCUGGGAAAUGACCUGUAAUAUCUUGUAAAUAAUCGAGAUGCUUAUGUUUAUAAAGUAGCAAUCAGCCGUUCACCGCUUCACAACUCCUCCAUAUGGCUAGCCUAUUAAAAUGUAAUAUUUAUUAAAACCAAAACCAGUGUUGGAACUGCUUACUGAGAUCUAAACACUUCUGAACCUUUGCUAUGUUUGAAUCUAUAAAAUGCGAAUUAAAGUAUUUUCUGCUACAA